AUGCUUCUGUGUUCUCUUAAUUUUAUUAUAGCGAGUAGUAUACUGGGUUUUGUAUCAAGUGACGAUUUGAAAAAUGAAUCCAGGCAACCAAGAAUAUUUACUUUCAACGCAGAUUCUGAGGAUGUUGAGGUUGGGUUCGAUUUUUCAAUACCAUUUUUAAAAAUACCUUUCAAGAAAACGAUCAAUGCCGUGGCGCAAUUUGGUUUCCCAGGCAUUAGUAUACCAAAGAUCAAUUUAAACCCAAUGGCCUUAAUGCUUGGUGGGUUAUUGAUAAUAUCAACGAGUAUUUUCGCACCUCUGUUGAAUAAGGCCACGGCUUGGCAUCAUUUGGAUCGCAAUUCGAGGACAGCCUUCGGUAAUGAAUCUGAUUCUUCUUUGUACAUAACAGAAAAAUUGUUAUCAAAUAGCCGCGGGUGUCCCGAAAGAGUAGCCUGCUGGUCCAGUCAGAUGACUAAAAGCCCUGAGGUCAUGAAAACAUUGAAAGAAAUUAUGAGCAACAAACUUCUAUCGUCAAUAGUAAAUACAACAGCUCUUGAGAUAGCAACAAUAAAAGGACGUGGUGGUCAAAACUGCGAGCUUUACAGCCCUUGUCCAAUAGACGAAAAAACAUUGCCUAAAAUUAUUAACAGCUUCACAAUUUUGACCAACUUAAAUCACGAGAGUAGUGGGUAGUUACAAUUGUUUGUUGUAA